CGUGGUAUGAUCCCCCUCUUCCUUCACCCUCUCCGUCGCGUCGCUAGCCAUUCGUAAUUGUAGAUCCGGCCGUGACAUCAUCGUGCUCGCCGUGCUCCCAUUAUCUUCUCUGAAGAAGAUCUUCUGUAAAGAAAGUUGCGGUUGUUUUGCUGUGAACCCGCGGAGCUCCCGUUCCAGCGCACGCCCGCAACCCGCACGCGUUAGCCAGCUUGCUCGCCGCUGCUGCAUCGCCGCCCCGUCGUGCCUCGCCUACCGUUGCGCCCCUGUUUCCUUCUCGUGACCGCCAUGUCCAAGGCAAAGCUUGGUUCAGCUUGAGCAUCGUCGCCCCUCUGCGUCGUAGAAGCUAGCUUCCCCCGGGAAUGGAAACCUCUAAGGAAUCCGUACCCCCGCCGGCAAUCUUGGCCGCCGUCAUCGCCAUUCCGCUCGCCGGCGACAACAUCUCCUCCGGUGGAUGGAGGUAGAAGAACCACGCCGCUUCUGCACAACCACGAGUUACCGGGGCCGGAAACGAGUACGAGGAGUCCGGAGAGUUCGUGCAGGAAGAACAAGAGCAGUUCCAGUCUGAAGAAACCACAGGAUGUCUCCACCAACUCGCCAGAAUCCGGGUCGCGAUGAUGAUGAUGCUCCGCCACCACCUCCUGCAGAGGCUUGGCAAGCGGUGAUGGCUGCAACAAAUUCUAACACCCAGAUGUUAAUUCAGCUGUUGGAAGAGAGGAGCAAUCAGCAGCAGGGCAAUUUCAACCCUGGUGCUCAUCAGUUUGCAUCUCUGAAUCAAUUCCUGGUGAACUAGCCGAGGUCCUUCACGUCUUGUGACCAGCCGUUCGACACUGAGGACUAGAUUCGGGACAUGGUCAAACACUUUGAGUGCAGCAAUGUCCAUUCAGGGGACUUCGUCAAGUUUGCAACAUUUCAUCUCAAGGGGCAGGCAGUAGUUUGGUGGCAGCAGUUGAAGGACUCCACGGGAGGUAGAAUGAUCAGUUGGGACGAUUUCUACAGAGAUUUCAGGUCUCACUAUAUUCCAACUAACUUUGUGGAAGAGAUGUGUGAGAAGUUCCAGAUCAGAAGAGCAAGAUCUAUCAGUUCAGAGGUGGUCUGGGAGAGGACUUGCAGCUGGCCCUUGCCUUGCACGAUCCCGAUGAGUUUGAUAAGUUCUAUAACUUGGCUCUCAGGGCUGAGGCAGCUUUGCUCAGAGUGGAGAAUUCGAGGAAGCAUUUCAGAGAUUCCAGCUCAUCGCCCUCAACUCAGGUGGUCCAGAAGCAACAGAAAUAUUGGAUGUCUCCUCCUCCUCGGCAGACUCAGCAGUUCAAGCAGUUAGGUGGUCGUGGUUCUUCCCACCCACUCAUCCCACCUUUCCAGGAGAGGUUUCAGCAGCAGAAGCAAGGGAAUCCUGAGGUGCAGUUCCGUCCGCUGUCAGAUGUUACUUUUCACAAGUGUGGGCAGAAGGGUCACUACUCCAACAAGUGUACCUCUCAGGUGCGUCUUCCACCCCCUCCUCUAGGGAAGCCUCCAAGCAAUGCUAUGGUGAAGUUCAAUCCCAAGUAUGCAAGAGUGAAUAUGGUGAAUGCAGCUGAAGCGGAGAACUCCACAAACGUGAUUAUGGGUACAGGUAUGCCCGGCGCAGGAGAUCCUGAUGACAGUCAGCUGACGUGGGAGUUCGAUGAGGAUUCCGGUCUACUGUACAUGAACUAUCCAGAGGACUGAGGCCGUGGUCGUGAUCGUGGGGCUAGCAUGCGGGAUGUCAUAGUUUUACUUGUUUCAUGUUCUCCGUAGAGGGACUAAACUAUGCUCUGAAUAAUGUGUGGUUGUAAGCUUAAUGCUAUACUCUUAUCAGAUGGCAAGUGUAUGCCCUACUUGCCACUCUUUCA